CGAAAGUAGGAACCAAUCAUUGUCCCUCCCUCUCAUUCAUCACUUUCAUAAUUCAGAGCUGGAACCUGAAAACCUUGCUUUCUUCUACUAAUAAAACCCGCAAGUAACGUUCCGUACAGUCCCAACCUAAAAGCAGUUCGUGAAGCAGAGCCAUGGCUCCUCUCCCCGCUCGAUUGCUUCUCUCACUGCAAUUGCUGACCAUUUUAUUCGGAUCCGGAUGUGCAACCCGAUUCCGCGACGCAGGGGAUAGGGAGACUGCGCCGGCACAGAGAGAGUUCGAUUUCUUCAAGCUCUCUCUCUUAUGGCCUGGCACCGAGUGCAGGCAUACUCGCCGCUGCUGCUCAGCCAAUGCUUGCUGCCGUUCCAGCUCUCCAACCGAAUUCACAAUUCAUGGACUCUGGGCUGAUUACAACGACGGAACUUGGCCCGCAUGUUGUGAAGGUUCCCAAUUCAAUGAGAGUGAGAUCUCAACACUGCUGAGUGACUUGACAAAGUACUGGCCAACUUAUCAGUGUGGUAGCUCAUCAACUUGUCAUCGUAGCAAAGGACCAUUUUGGGCUCAUGAGGUUUUCAAACUAAAAUUAAAUGUUUUUCUCAUUGAUGUUAUACAAUACACUACAUGAAAGAAUGAAACUAAUUCUCUCUCAUUCCUCUAUGGUUGACCCCUUCGGCACUCACUCAUUCACAGUGGGGUAAUUAUCUUAUCCUCGUUCUUCCAUUAAUUUGAUCAAGUACAGAAAUUUCCUAAAGUAUGAGUAAUAAUAAUGUGAAAGUUCAAAGUAUGGGUAUUGCAUUUCCUCUUAAAAGGGUUAAAUUAUUGUUAUUGUGAAAUCAUUUUUGUGACAUUUUGACAUUACCAAACAUUAAUAUGACAAUAUUAAUCUUAAAACUUGCAGUGUUUUUCAAGAAUGACAAUAGUUACUCUUAUUUAGGAGUAAAAACAAUAUGAAAUUUCAAAAUAUGAGUACUAUAGUUUUCCCUUACAAAGAGUAAAUUAUAUCCUGAAAUCAUAGAUAUUUUGACAUUUACCGGACAUUAAUAAUUGGCAGUAUAUAUAAGCGACAAUACUUUCAAGCAUGAUAGUAAUUACUCCUAUUUAGGGAGGAAUAUAGUGCUCCUUUUUUGCAAUAUCAGUAUUUUACAUUAUUUUUAAUCCUAUUUAGGGCAAUUUGCAGUAUAGAAAAGUUAAAUUUUAGAAAGAUAGUAAUCCUAAAUUGAGUAUUAUUAUGAUUUCCUAUUCUCAUCAGGUUGAAAGUUGAGUUUGUAUUCCUAUUCCCAUUGUUUCUUUGUAUGAUAAUUGCAAGAAUCUCUAUACAGUACCAUUCCCUACCCUCACUUUUGCAGUGGUAGCAAUUUGUGACAACAUUCUUUUAGAUAGAACUAAUAAACUAUAGAAGUAUGAAUGUGUCUUCCCCCACCCCCACCCCCACCCCCCAAAUAUAAAUUAUUUGCUAAUUCCACUUCAUUUUUAUUCUUUUCCCAGAGAAACAUGGAACAUGUUCGUACCCAGUUGUCCGGAAUGAAUAUGAAUACUUUUUUACAACGCUGAAUGUCUUCUUCAAAUAUAAUGUUACGGAUGUAUUGUACAAAGAAGGAUAUGUACCCUCAAAUUCUGAGAAGUACCCAUUAGGUGGCAUCAUUUCAGCCAUUCAAAACGUGUUCCAUGCAACCCCUGAAUUGGCAUGUUCUGGUGAUGCUAUUGAGGAACUUCGGAUAUGCUUCUUUAAGAAUUUUGAGCCACGUGAUUGUGCAACGAAAAGUAAGCUCAAGAGUCUAAAAGAUUCAUCUUGCCCCAAGUACGUGAGCUUACCUGAACAGGCAUCAGUGGCAUCACAGUGUGAGCUUUCUGUUACCAUCUAAUGAGCACAUGUUAUUUAGAUGAUAUUUCUCUUAUGUAUAAAAAGAGCUGGAUGUAGGGGGAGACACACGGGCAUGCACGGAUGAGUAUUUGGUCCAACGAAAAUAGUAACAUCCUACAAAUAUACUCUGUAAUUAAUAUGGGAUAUUCCCUCUUUCUCUUGGGAACUUGCAUAAAUGAACGAACAAACUUAAGUAUUCCUUUUUUAAUACUCCAUAUUUAAAUUUCAUACUCGAUACUCCAUAUUAUAUUUCAUUCUGGUUUCUGUUUAUUGUCAGUAAUUCAUCAAAGAGUUGAGACAAAUGUUGAAAGUGCGAAUGUAAAUGUUGAUAUGACAAUGUGGAACAAGAUGAAAAUAAGAAUGUAAAUGAGAAUGACCUUGUUUGGGAAUCGGUUGACGACAGCUGAUUGACAAUAGUUGGUUGUGUCAACUGUUUUAGUUGGUAGCUUGUUGUCAACAAAUGUUUAGUAAAUUAGUUGUUUAAGAAUAGUUGUUUGAGUGUAACAAGACAUUUAAGGACAUUAGUAUUUAAUUUUUUAACUAUUGCUUAUAAAAA